AGAGAAUGCCUCACGUAGGGAGCACGAGGAGAAGGAGGAGCUUCGCAGGUUGUUUUUUGUCCCGGAGGCCGACUCUGUCGAGUCGGUGGCGGCCGCAGGCUGGGAAGGAGCGGUGCUACGCCUUCGCAGGUUGGCGAAGUGAUUCCAGGCUACCCGGCUAGUCUGGCACGGCCCGGCCUUCUGCCUCCUACUCCGUCGCGUGGCGGCGGGAACUGUUGGCCGCGCGGCCUCAGGAACGGCCCAGGUCCCCGUCCGCAGGUCCCGGGCAGAUAACAUAGAUCAUCAGUAGAAAACUUCCUGAAGUUGUUCAAGAAAAAUUUGAAAGUAACAAAAUAGAAAACAAAGAGAAUUAACAGCAGAUACAGAGGACAGCAUGGAAGUGUUGUCUUAGGAAACAGAACACAGCAGUGAAAAAGCAGUCAAAAAUCUUCCACUCAUAUGCAGCUGCAGCUCAUGAUGUCUUCUGGCUUCAGUGUCUUUAGAGUUGGGAUCUCUUUUGUCAUAAUGUGCAGUUUUUACAUGCCAACAGUAGACUCUUUACUAGAACUGAGUCCUCAGAAAUAUUUUAGUACAUUGCAACCAGGAAAAGCCUCUUUAGCUUAUUUUUGUCAAGCUGAUUCCCCAAGAACAUCUGUGUUUCUUGAAGAACUGAAUGAGGCUGUUAGACCAUUGCAGGACUAUGGAAUUUCAGUUGCCAAGGUUAAUUGUGUCAAAGAAGAAAUAUCAAGAUACUGUGGAAAAGAAAAGGAUCUGAUGAAAGCAUAUUUAUUCAAGGGCAACAUACUGCUUAGAGAAUUCCCUACUGACACCUUGUUUGAUGUGAAUGCUAUUGUCGCCCAUGUUCUCUUUGCUCUUCUUUUUAAUGAAGUGAAAUAUAUUACCAACCUGGAAGACCUUCAGAACAUAGAAAAUGCUCUGAAAGGAAAAGCAAAUAUUAUAUUUUCAUAUGUGAGAGCCAUUGGAAUACCAGAGCACAGAGCGGUCAUGGAAGCUGCUUUUGUGUAUGGGACUACAUACCAAUUUGUCUUAACCACAGAAAUUGCCCUUUUGGAAAGUCUUGGCUCUGAGGAUGUGGAAUAUGCACAUCUCUACUUUUUUCAUUGUAAACUAGUCUUGGACUUGACCCAGCAAUGUAGAAGAACACUAAUGGAACAGCCAUUGACUACACUGAACAUUCACCUGUUUAUUAAGACAAUGAAAGCACCUCUGUUGACUGAAGUUGCUGAAGAUCCUCAACAAGUUUCAACUGUUCAUCUCCAGCUAGGCUUGCCACUGGUGUUUAUUGUUAGCCAACAGGCUACUUAUGAAGCUGAUAGAAGAACUGCAGAAUGGGUUGCUUGGCGUCUUCUGGGAAAAGCAGGAGUUCUGCUCUUGUUAAGGGACUCUUUGGAAGUGAACAUUCCUCAGCAUGCUAAUGUGGUCUUCAAAAGAGCAGAAAAGGGAGUUCCAGUGGAAUUUUUGGUAUUACAUGAUGUUGAUUUAAUAAUAUCUCAUGUGGAACAUAAUACGCACAUUGAGGAAAUACAAGAAGAUGAAGACGAUGACAUGGAAGGUCCAGAUAUAGAUGUUCAGGAUGAUGAAGUGGCAGAAACUGUUUUCAGAGAUAGGAAGAGAAAAUUACCUUUGGAACUCACAGUGGAACUAACAGAAGAAACAUUUAAUGCAACAGUGAUGGCUUCUGACAGCAUAGUACUCUUCUAUGCUGGUUGGCAAGCAGUAUCCAUGGCAUUUUUGCAAUCCUAUGUUGAUGUGGCAGUUAAACUGAAAGGCACAUCUACUAUGCUUCUUACUAGAAUAAACUGUGCAGAUUGGUCUGAUGUAUGUACUAAGCAAAAUGUUACUGAAUUUCCUAUUGUAAAGAUGUACAAGAAAGGGGAGAACCCAGUAUCUUACGCUGGAAUGUUAGGUACCAAAGAUCUCCUAAAAUUUAUCCAACUCAAUAGGAUUUCAUAUCCAGUGAAUAUAACAUCGAUUCAAGAAGCAGAAGAAUAUUUAAGUGGGGAAUUAUAUAAAGACCUGAUCUCCUAUUCUAGUGUGUCAGUACUGGGACUAUUUAGUCCAACCAUGACAACAGCAAAAGAAGAUUUUAGUGAAGCAGGAAACGACCUAAAAGGAUAUGUUAUCACUGGAAUUUAUUCUGAAGAAGAUGUUUUGCUACUGUCAAACAAAUAUGCUGCAAGUCUUCCAGCCCUUCUGCUUGCCAGACACACAGAAGGCAAAAUAGAGAGCAUCCCACUAGCUAUCACCCGUGCAGAAGACAUAGUUCAAAUAGUAACAGAUGCACUACUGGAAAUGUUUCCAGAAAUCACUGUGGAAAAUCUUCCCAGUUAUUUCAGACUUCAGAAACCAUUAUUGAUUUUGUUCAGUGAUGGCAGCAUAAAUCCUCAGUAUAAAAAAGCAAUGUUGACACUGGUAAAGCAGAAAUACUUGGAUUCACUUACCCCUUGCUGGUUAAAUCUAAAGAAUACUCCAGUGGGGAGACGAAUCUUGCGGGCAUAUUUUGAUCCUCUGCCUCCCCUUCCUGUUCUUGUUUUGGUGAAUCUGCAUUCAGGUGGCCAAGUAUUUGCAUUUCCUUCAGACCAGGCUAUAAUUGAAGAAAACCUUGUAUUGUGGCUGAAGAAAUUAGAAGCAGGACUAGAAAAUCAUAUCACAAUUUUACCUGCUCAGGAAUGGAAACCUCCUCUUCCAGCUUACGAUUUUCUAAGUAUGAUGGAUGCUGCAACAUCUCAACAUAGCACUAGGAAAAUUCCCAAGUGUAUGAAAGAAACAGAUGUACAGGAGAAUGAUAAGGAACAACAUGAAGAUAAAUCGGCAGUCAGAAAAGAACCGAUUGAAACUCUGAGAAUAAAGCAUUGGAAUAGAAGUAAUUGGUUUAAAGAAGCAGAAAAAUCAUUUAGGCAUGAUAAAGAGUUAUGAUGCUCAAAGGUGAACUAAUUUUAUAGGGCUGUGGUUUCCAAAAUUUUUUUGGCAUACUAGACUUAAUUUAUUUCCUUAAAGAAUAAUACUAAAUCAUUUCAAGUUUGUAGACUAGUGCCGUCCAAUAGAAUUAUAAUACAAGUCACAUGUUUUAUUUAAAAUUUUCUAGUAACUAAGCAAAGUAAAAGUGAGCAGGGCAAAAUAAUUUUGAUAUUAUUUUUCACCCAGUAGUAUGCCAAAAAUAGCUAAAUUAAUAUAAAAAUUAUUAAUGAGGUAUUUUACAUCCUUUUUUAUACCAAGUCUUCAAAAUACAGUACA